AUGUCCGCAUCGCGCCUCAGUCCCGUCACUCGGCCAUGGCCAGCCUUCCGCAGCCUCGGCGUGAGUGCGGCUCGAGCGAGCACCGACAGGCGGCGAUUCCAUGCAGCAUCGCUUUUACACGAGAAAGCCAAUGCUCCUCCCAAAACACUUCAACAACGGAUUGUGGAUGACGUCGCGCGGAAAGCGCUGUCUGAGAUUGCGUUUGCGUUCGACAUCGAUGGAGUCUUGUACCAGGGCCACAGGCCCAUUCCCGGAGCCAGGGAGAUGCUUAGGAAGAUCAGGUCUCACGAUGUCCGAUACGUCUUCCUGACAAACGGCGGCGGCACUCACGAAGAUGCCAAGGUCAAAUCUCUGUCCAAGCGCCUUGGGCUGUCGGAGGACGAGGACGUGAUCCGCAACAGGGUCAUCCUGUCGCACACGCCGAUGCGCGGCUGGGAUGAGCAGCUCAAGAAGAAUGGAACGGUGCUGAUUACGGGAUCUCACCCAGAGAUUGCCCGUAGGGUGGCCAACGAAUACGGGUUUGCCAGGGCCGUGACGCCGGCGGACAUCAUCGCGGCCAACGACAAGGUGUAUCCGUUUGACAACCUGCGGGAGAGCCUUCACAGAGAGUCGCGGCCGUUGCCCGACGGCAAGGUUGUCUCCAACGACAUCGACCCCUACAGCAAGGACGUGCCGGCGGACGCGCUCAAGAUUGACCAGAUCCUGGUGUGGAACGACCCGCGGGACUGGUCGCUGGACAUCCAGGUGAUUCACGACCUGCUCAUCUCGCACCGCGGGUAUCUGGGCACCAUCUCCGACAAGAACGGCAACGCGCAGCUGCCCAACAACGGCUGGCAGCAGGACGGACAGCCGCAGCUCUGGGUCUCCAACCUGGACCUGCUGUGGAAGACGGAGUACCCGGUCAACCGGUUCGGCACGGGGGCCUUUGUCGAGGCGCUCAAGGGCGUGUGGGCGGCGUCGACGGGCGGCGCGGAGCUGCAGUUCAACGCGCUGGGCAAGCCGUCGCGGCACACGUACGAGUACGCGCACGACCGGCUGCUUCACCACGCGCCGGAGCAGCCGCACGGCAAGGGCGACAAGAAGCGGCCGCUGCGGAGGGUCUACAUGAUUGGCGACAACCCGGAGAGCGACAUCCGGGGCGCCAACGAGUUUGCGCCGGAGGACGGGACACAGUGGGUGUCGGUGCUGGUGAGGACGGGCGUGUGGCGGGAGACGGCGGCGCAGAGGGAGCCGAGGCACAGGCCGGCGGUGGUGGUGGACGAUGUGGUUGAUGCGAUUGUGUGGGCGAUGAGGAACGAGGGGGUGGACGUGACGAGGGAGUGGCUGGCCAACGAGGAGGACUGGGUGUGA